UUUUAGAUACUUGCACAAUGAGAAUGAAUCUAAAUUUACCAGCCAGAUAUUUUUAUGACUUGUAUGACAGAAAAAUUAAAGAUAUUUCAAAAGUUCCUCUGCUUGAAAAAUGCCUGCAAAAUUCCAUCACACCUUUGCGGUGACCACUUUGGGUCUCUAAGGGAGAAGGUUUCAGCCCCUCAGGAGCUAAGAUGUACAUCCAAGGAGUUCUUUUGGCCCUGUACCAACGAUUAAAGUCUGCAAAAAAGUAUUAUAAACAGUUAGCUGUGUUCAUCUUUCUUACUGAAUUGAAAACAUUCCUAUGGGCUCAAUAAAUUAACCUGGAGGUUGAGAUAUUCUAUGGCACCUUAUAUGGAACUUAAACUAUAACUGCUUAUGGACUCUAUAUUAUGUAUUCCUGUGGCAGAAAAUACCAAAAAGAAAACUGUGCCAUUGACAGCUUAUAUAUCGGAGACCUUAAAAAUACUGAAGAUGAUUAUUCCAUUUGGAUAUUUUCUGAUUAAAGAACAAAGUAUCUAGGCAUGUCUGGCACUGGCUUGCUUCACUCAAGAAAAGCAGAGAAAACCAGAAAGUUCUGGCAGCCUGAGGAACUGGCACACCAAAUUCUUUCAUAUACUUGAAGAAUGAUUAAUUUCUGUUGAACCUGGCCAUGAAUGAACAAAAGGAGAACAUUACAGAAAAAGUCAUUCUUUCAAUGACAGCAAAGGAACACCGUAAAGAGCAAGAAGAAGUGAGCAGGCUGAUUGAUGAAUUGCAGACAGCUAUCAAAAGCAACAGAGGUCAUCUCUCUAAACUUGGCCCCCAAUUACAGGCUGAGCAGGAGCAAUUCUCCUCUUAUGUCUACCAACACAUUAAAAGCCUUCCAGCAAACACGCUUGUCCCAGGAGGCCUGCAACUCAAGAAAAUAUUUGAUUAAAAAUGGUGACGACGGGUGGAACACGAGGCCAAGAGAUCAAGACCAUCCUGGUCAACAUGGUGAAACCCGUCUCUACUAAAAAUACAAAAAAUUGGCUGGGCAUGGUGCCGCGUGCCUGUAAUCCCAGCUACUCAGGAGGCUGAGGCAGGAGAAUUGCCUGAACCCAGGAGGCAGAAGUUGUGGUGAGCUGAGAUCGCGCCAUUGCACUCCAGCCUGGGUAACAAGAGAGAAACUCCGUCUCAAAAAAAAAAAAAAAAAAAUGGGGAUGAUUAUCUUCCUAGUCUUCUUUAUGAUUUUUAUCACUCUGUUACAUAUAUGUGUAAGUUCGGAGCUCAACUUCAAGAAUCAAAAUAAUGUAUUGUAGCCAAUAUCAUCUUCUAGAGCAGUGGUUCUCAACCAAGGGCUGGAGGCAGGGUGCAAUUUAAAAUCCUCUGGGCUGCUUUUUCAUAUUGUAUCUGGUGUUCUUAACCUCUCCACUGAGCUUUUCAUCCCUAUCACAUCUUUCCUUCAUCAGUGAACAAUAGCAGCUUUUGGUUGGGUCUUAACAUUAGAAGAUCACCUAUUAAAAGGACCACCAUUUCUGUGUUCCAUAUUGCCUCACUCCUGUUUUGCAAUCAUGUGACAUAAUACAGUAACAAGUUUAAAUGGGCAUACAAGAUAAAGAACUGAGAACAGCCUAAGUGUGGUUGCUCAUUUCUGCCAUGGGAAAGUUCCUUGUUUAAAAAAAAUUGAAACAACACCAUUUGAGGAAUUUUAGGAAAGAGUUCUGUCACCUUGUAAUUGCAUUGUUCCUAAUGAUCAUUCUCACCUUUCACAUAAUUUUUAUGUGCACUUGUAUGUCCUAUAUGGUCACAACCACAGUUUAUUUCUAUCUGGACUCUGGUACAUUCUCUCGCCAUCAAGUCAUAGCAUCUUUUAGGUUGAUGAAAUUUUAGGUUGAUGAAUGGUUACACUCAAUGUGCACCAUCAUCUACAAAGCCCUUCAGGCAACAAGCGUUUUGGAGCAAUUUUUUACUAUUCUAAACUUUCUCUUACCACUUAUUCCCUGUCAAUACCACUACUCUCAGUCUCUGUGAGAACAUCUGCUAGAGCCAUGACUCAGUGACUUCUCCCUUCUAGUCCUGUUCUUUCCAUACAACUCCUCCUCCUCUUUAUUUCCAUGGAAAUGUCAGCAAUGUUAGCAUUUCUCUGGGAAAGCAGGAAAGAAAAGAUUGAUAGGAAAGGGUAUUAGCAAAUCUGUAGGGGGAUGGUGAGUGGGAAAGCAAGUAGGAAGGUGGGUGAUUUUUGACAGAGAAUUGAUGAGGAAGAAGAAUGUGUGAUGUGUGAGUAGGUGGGAGAAAGCAUGGAAGAGUGAGAGGAAGAUGAGUACAGGCACAUCCUUUCACUGGAAUCAGUGCAUUUCACACACAUUUGGUCAGUGAUGCUCUGAGAGUUGUUUUCUAUUUGCUGCCAAUCGAGGCAGAUCCAGUUUCUCUGGGGCCUAGAACUUGUCAAACUUGGGAGCCAGCUUGGGAUGGGGGCUAUCUUUGAAAUUAGGUCUGAAAGUGAAUAUUUGCUUAGAAUGAGAAAGCAAAUAGCAACAAAUUAAUGGAGCGUUGGCAAUUCAGGCUCUUUCUUCUGAGGUCUUUUUUAGGCAGCUUAUCAGAAAUACUUACGUAGAACAAUGUUCUGAUUGAUAUCUAGCUUCCCUUUCCACCUGUGACAACUUCCAGAACUCUUAGGACGUAGAAUGUCUUUAAUCUUCAUUAACUUCACUUAAAUGUUUUCUGACCAUGAGCAAGAGAAAUAUGGUAGAAUUUAGUAACCUGGAUAAUCACAAGAUUCAUAGGGUCUGAUGUGGAUAUUUCUUUUAGGCUUUCUAUUUUUAUAUUUUUUAGUUAUAGUGUUCUCUUCUAAUGUACAUAAGUUUAAGCUUUGUUAAAGGGAUAAUUCAGAGAUUUCUUUUUUAAAGGAUGUCUCAUCCAGCAUCUAGUUCAUCAUCCAGGUAGUAUGCAUCUAACAAUUUUUAUUCUGCCAAUGACGGAAAGAAAGAUUUUAAAUGAAUAGUCCAGUAAAUCCACAUAUUAUCAAAUUCUUGUCCAGAGACAUUGUGCUAGGUACUGUGGGAAGAUGCAGAGAAGCAUAGAAUACCUUUUUGGCCCAUGACCAUGAUUAUUUUCAUACAAUUAGGACCAAUAUGACAACAAUAUGAACAGAUUAGCAAAAAUUUUUACUACAAUUUCAUUAUUUUAAGUUUCCAGACCUCUUUAUAUUUUGAAAAUGGGCUAAUUUGGUUGAUAACAGAAAAGAUAUAACUUUUCUAUGCAUUGAAUACUUAAAUUUAUCCUUUUAAUGGCACAAAAGCACCAUAAAAGCAGUUGAGAUUUGCCUUCUAUUUUGUGGUUAUUUAAAAAAAGUUUUAAGUUUGUAAUCAUUCAUUUGUACUAAUAGAAAGAUUAUUCUAAUAUUUAGGAAUCUAUGGAACAAUGAAAUGAUAACUGAGGUCAGUUGUACCUGAAAGCGUGACAAGAUGUUUUUCUUGGUUGGUGUUUUCACUGUUCUGCGUGCAUCUUGCAUUCUUAUUUUCACUGUACAUUCCUUGAUCCUUACCUUUUGUAUUUAACCACUUUUCCCAAACAUGUAUUUAUAACCCCUAGCAUGCUCUGUUAUGUCACCUAAGUUAUUUGAAUAAACAGUGGGAAACACAUUUAGGAUACGGCCUAAGUACAAGUAGUAAAACAAGACAACUUUGUGUUCAUUUGAAGUGGAAUUUUGGCUCGAGUAGCAGCAUUGGAAUAUGCAAGGUCAUUGUGAUUUCAAGAACACUCACUAAAGGUUGGGCAAAAUGUAAUGAAGAUAAUCAAUCUUCACAUGUAGGUUUCACAAUAGUAGACAAAUACUGGACCACCCAUUUUAAAGAUGAAGAAACUGAGAUCUUGGGAAGCCUCUACACAUCUCAUGAUCUCAUGUGAUAGCUAAAAAGCAGCAAGUGCUGAAAUCUCACAACUCUUCUUUGCAGGACUCCUUUCCAUCUUGCCACCACCUUUUCUUCCUCCUGUCCUCAUUGUCCUCCUCCUCCUCCUUCUUGUGGAUCAUGCCAGUGUAUUCACACUAGCCUGUUUUCUGACAGGCAUCUGCAGUCAGGUGUAAAUCUCUGUAGGAAGAUACAAUCUUCUUUUUCUAGAUCUGCUGAAGAGAAAAACUGCGUCUGUAUCAAAAUCAGGGAAGAGCAAUUGGUCUGGGCAUUAGCUCCCAUGCAGUGCCUGUUGUAAUGAGACAGGCUUUCCCUGUGCGGUCCUGACAUCCUAGAAGGUGCCCGGAGAAUUGCCAGGUGGGCAGUCAGCGGGGAAAGUCCACAGGCUAGAGCUGUAUUACUGUCCCAGCAGUUACUUGGUCUAAAUGCAACCACUGAACCUUACUGUUGCAGGCAUACACUCUCUCUCAGGGAGAUUGUCCUUCUCCAUAGCAGUUAAUUUGUUUUUACCUCUCAAUUAGCUUUUUCACAGAGUGUUUGAUAUGCUCAAGUUGCUGAGAUUCCCUUCCUACAUAUGUUGCCGUCCCCUGGAUUACCCACUGACAUCUAUGUUAGCCUGACUCACCAUAAACGUCAGCGAGCAUAAACUCUUCAUUUGAACGUAAAUGAAUGCAGAUUUUCUAGUAUUUGAAAAUGGUAAAAACACUGGAGAGAUCUCUGUUUGUAUCAGUAAAAAAGAUUUGGGAUCUGAUAGCCCAAUUCAACCUGAUGAUAUGAUGGAAAGAUUCCGUCUCAAGAUUCAUCAAAGGCUUCACAGGUUCUUGCAUCAACCCACCAGGCCUCAAUUUUUCUUCAAUGCGGCUUUUUGAUGAGAAUGGUCAAGAAAUUAAGAAUCCACUUUUGCUGAAGAAUGAGCAAAAAAUUUGGGUCUCUUAUGGUAGAGCAUACAGAUCUGCACUAAACCUUGCUUUGGGUUUGACGUUUGAUCGAGUGAGUGCAUUUGCCAGAGGUGACAUCGUGGUUGGAUAUAUGCCCUUUUUGGAUCCUAAUGCUGUUCUGCUACCUGGAUGUGGCAAAUAAAUUAACAAGUAAUCUUAUUAAAGAUGUGGUUAAGUUUGUGAGGGAUUUCCAAUUAACUUCAACUGUACCAGUCAACAGAUACCUGACCAGUUUGAAAAGGUGGACUUGGAGAACCAUUUCCAACAAAAUAAGACUGGAAUGAUCCUGAGCCGAGCGAUAACUCAGGGCUGCCUGGCUAUUGGUCAUCCUAUCAGAGUCAAGGUCGCAGAGGGAACAUCACUGGAAGGAUAUGAAUUAAUCCUACAGAAAAGGCUUAUCUUCAGUUUGUUAUGACCUACCUAGAGGAGCUAAAUGCCAAAGUAGAUGUGACCCAGACAGAGUAUCAUAUUCACCAUGGUGCCUGGACCACAGCUCAUCAGGAACGUGGCAGAAACUUAGCAGAAGAGGUUCUGCAAGAAAGUGCCAGCAACCCUGGUCUGAAGCAACUGCCAGAACCCUCAGACACCCAUUUAAUGCCAGAAGGUUCUCUUGAGGAGACGGGGCAGCUGACAGUAGCACUGGGUUGAGAAAAAAAACACAAAUGGAAGCCCAUGGGCCACUCCCAUUUCUGCACAGCCACAACUCUAUCCAGUACCACAAUGGGUAGUGAUAAAUUCACAGGUGGGCCAUAAAACACGAAGGGACCAGUAAGCCAGGCCAGUGGAAACAUUCUAGAGUUGAAAAUCCUCUGUGGAACAAGCUUACUUACAUGUGGCCUGUCCUUCCCAGCGGCCAACUCAAUGAGGAGUUUGAUUGGCCAAUACAAGGACUGCUAAUUCCGAGCAGUCCUCCUAUGAAGAAACCCAUCUGUAAGACAACAGAGCCAUACACCCCUGUGCGACUAAGAGUUUUGCGGAAUGGAGACAGGAUUAAAAACAGAUCCCUUACUAUCCUUGGUCCAGACAUCUCACCUGGAUGGAAAACACAAAGUGUUAACACGGAAAAGAAAGAGAAAAUCUGUGUCACUAAAUAUUCUGAAACAGAAAUGGAUCAGAUAGAAUUUCACCAAUUUUUGGAAAGGUGCACUGAGAUUUUAAAUUUACCUUCUGUAGCUCGGAGAUUGUUCAAUGAAAAGGGGAAGGAAAUAUUUGCCCUAAGAGACUUGCAAAGAGAUGAACUGGUGUAUGUUUUAUGUGGAGAACAUUGGAUCAAUCCUGACCUGUUCACUGCUAAGCAAAAGAAACAAAUCUUCCUGAGGAACCUAGCAUCAGACCUUUCCAAAAUUCAAAUCUUCUGCAGCACACGUAAAAUAGAAGCUCUUGUUUUAGAAGUCCAAAGUGACAUUGUAUCUGGAAGCAAGCUUGUGGUGCAUAAACCUAUAGCAGUUUUUGGAGAUGAGAAGCAAGUUACAGAACCAGAAGAAAAGCAAGUGCAAAAAGAUGCUUUAACAACAGAAAAUGCUUCCAGUGAAAUUCUAGAUUUGCACGCCAGAGCCCAUCUUCGAUUGAAGGCUUGUGACACACUUCUUAGGUAUGCCUGGCAGGAAACUUUGCAUGAAUUUGAUGAGGAUGACAGUCUUUCAAAGAAAAUGGAAAAAGGGCUCUUUGAAAAUGUGGAAUCACAGAAGAAAUACAGCUGUUCACCAAAGCAUAGUAAAUUGCACAUUUGCCAUCAGCAGUUUGAAUACAGAGAUGGGCAGAUUAUAAGCCAUGCUGCCCCUCAACUAGUCUUGGGUGUUCACGGUCCCAAUCCCCGGUCAGGCAUGGAGGUGGUUUUGAUGGAGAAGAAAUCUGAUAGUAGUCAUCAGCGCUGGAUACACAAGGAAGACAGCAGGACUUUUCACCUGGUGAGUAACCCUGACCUUGUGCUGGCAGUGUCUGUGACCAAGACUACAAAUGAAGUUUAUGGCUAUCCAGUUAUUGUCCAGAAAUACAAGCCAUACAACAAUGGAGCUGCCAAUCAAAAGUGGCAUUACAUGAAAAAUAUAAAAGCACUUGGGGCCUUUCAUAGCACUGCCUUGGAUAAGGAAAUCACAUCAGCAAAUUAUGCUGGUGUUUGUACAUCAUCUGUAAUUAAAGAAGAAAGCAUUGAUCAACCAGGAUACUAUUAUCUCUCACCCGAUGGAAAGAGAAAAACGAUGCUCUGUUUGGCUUGUGGACAAUCCAUGAGAACAGAGAAGGGACUGAAAAAAUUGCUUCCAGGGGUUACAUUCCUCUGUGUUUCAGGCUCCAAGACCCAAAAGCCCUCCUUACAAGGGCCGUUCAAGGCCAUCAAUGUGGCUGAGGUUGAUUUAUCGUGUGACGAGGCUGAAAAAACUCUAAGUUAUUACCAAGCACGUCUAUUGUCUUUACAGAUGAAGACCUGCACACAAGCUGCAUCUCACAGUGGCAUAGCAGCCACGCACCAGAAGGCAGUGAAAAUAAUUGCGUACAAAAAUGGGGAUGGAUAUCAUAAUGGGAAGUUAAUUGUGGCUGGAGCAUUCCCCAUGCUUCUUACAGAAUGCACGGAGCAACUUGGGCUUUCCAGAGCAGCCUCCAAACUAUAUACCAAAGAUGGAACCCCAAUCUUUACCUUGCGUGAUUUGGUUUUAUGGGCUCUAGAUGAAUCCUUUCUCCAGAGAGACUCCAAGAAACAAAAGCAAGACGUGGCUUCUGUUGGAAAAGAACAGAUAAUGGUUAAAAAAAACCCAGGAAUGAAAGUGAAAAACAGAUUAUUUCCAAAAUCUGUGAUGUCUGAUAGUUUGGAUGAUAUAGAUAAGUCUUUGCUUACCCACAUCCUCAGAAAUCCUAUUGCCAUCUGGGUAUCUUGUGGUGAACCAUUUCUACCUCCAAAUGCUAAGUUUUUGCAGAAAGCAAAAAAAUUAUAGAAACAGAACUGGCUAAAAAAGGACAGAAUUUUGGCUGAUCUAAACACCAUGAGACACAAAAUGAGACACUUAAAAGGGCGGCGAGUAGUGGCCUGUCAGUCUGCCACCAUGGUUCCUACCAAAAGCCCUGUGCAGCCUGUGGUGGUUGAAGGAGGAUGGACCGAAAAGACUCAGGAGGAAAUUAAACUCAUGGAACUUAUAAGACAUCCAGAGGUGCACCUUUCUGAAGUUCAAGAAAUGGAAUCCAAAAGAAAUUUUCCAAUUGCAACUAAACAUAUAGCAGUCAAGCCAAGCAGUCUGUAUAAACAGCCCGACACAAAACGAGUGUGGAUUUAUCUAAAUGGAGGCAGACCUGAAGAUGGCACUUAUGCCUGGGGCAAAACUAUUUCAGAGCUGCUGGAAGACUGCUCCUCUCGUCUCAAAAUGACCCACCCAGCCAGAGCACUGUACACCCCCAGUGGUGAGCCAAUUCAGUCCUGGAAUGACAUAGAGCAAGAUAUGGUCAUCUGUGUGUCUAUGGGACAUGGUUUCAGAACCCCAAAAGAGUUAAAACAAUUGAUGGAAAUCAGAGCAAAUUAUGCCAGAAUCCGAAGGCAGCAGGGCCCUCAAGCCACAAACAUUGUCUUGUCACCAUCCACGAAGCUGCUGUUUCUGGCACAUCUCCACAAUUAACUCCUAUCAGAGCCAUCAUUUUCUGCUAUAUUUUGCUGGUAUAGCUAUGUGCACAUACUCAUUUGUUUGUUAUGACAUUAUGAUUAUUUAUCUGUUUCAUAUUUAUGCAGU